AAGAGCUGCGCACGCCGCUGCAGGCACGGAAGGCAGGAAGGAAGACGAAGGAGGCAGCAGCAGAGGUAGUGGAGGAGGGCGGGGCGGAGGGUCCGGCGUUUCCCCUUUGACCAGCUCCGGAGGCCGGACGCGCUGCUGAGCUGACCAGCGGUGGUGAGCAUUUCAGAAAUAAUCAGUGAACCUGUUGCAACACCAUGCUGGCAGCAAGGUUUGUGUGUCUCCGGACCCUGACCCUACCUUCCAGAGCUCUCCACCCAACAGUCACCCAGACCUCUCCUGUUCUGAGGAAUUCCAUUCUGAAGACAAAUCAAUGGCUCUUCCGAUCCAGCAGGGACUAUGCCACCAAAUCAAGAAUUGGGAUCCGACGGGGGAAAACUGGCCAAGAAAUUAAGGAAGCAGCAUUUGAACCAUCAGCAGAAAGAGUGUUUAAAAUUGAUCAGAUGGGAAGAUGGUUUGUUGCUGGAGGAGCUGCUGUUGGUCUUGGAGCACUUUGCUUCUAUGGCUUGGGAAUGUCAAAUGAGAUUGGGGCUAUUGAAAAAGCAGUAAUUUGGCCACAGUAUGUGAAGGAUAGAAUUCAUGCCACCUAUAUGUAUUUCGCAGGGAGUGUUGGUUUAACAGCAUUGUCUGCCUUAGCAGUUAGCCGAUCACCUGCUUUAAUGACCUUUAUGAUGAAAGGCUCUUGGUUGACUAUUGGAGCAACUUUUGUAGCCAUGAUUGGAGCUGGGAUGCUGGUUCGGUCAAUAUCAUAUGAACGGAGCCCAGGUCUAAAACAUCUUGCUUGGACGUUGCAUUCUGGUGUCAUGGGUACAGUGGUGGCCCCUCUGACUUUGUUGGGUGGCCCUCUGAUCCUCAAAGCUCUUUGGUAUACAGCAGGCAUUGUGGGUGGCCUCUCUACUGUAGCCAUGUGUGCUCCAAGUGAAAAAUUUCUAAAUAUGGGAGCACCACUGGGCGUGGGCCUGGGCCUUGUUUUUGUUUCUUCUCUGGGAUCUAUGUUUCUACCACCUACCACUGCACUAGGUGCUGGUCUUUAUUCUGUGGCAAUGUAUGGUGGAUUAGUUCUUUUCAGCAUGUUCCUUCUAUAUGAUACCCAAAAAGUCAUCAAACGUGCAGAAAUAACACCAAUGUAUGGCACAGAGAGAUAUGACCCCAUUAACUCGAUGAUGGGCAUCUACAUGGAUACACUAAAUAUCUUUAUGCGAGUAGCCACCAUGCUAGCAACUGGGAGCAAUAGGAAGAAAUGAACUGAUUGCAUUUUGAAUCAUCCAAACCUCAUCAGAUACUCUUGCUUGUGUUCUUGAUGUGUAUACUUAUUAAAUCAUUUCUUGUACAAGCAACUUUGGUUGAAGUCAGAAGUUCAGAGCCAUUUCAGCAUGGUUAAGAUAUUCCAGUACAAUGUGAUGCUUCAAGUUCCACCUUUCUCGAGAAUAAAUUCAGCACUUCUCUCGCAAAUAAGCACAUAAACUUUCCAGUUUUCAUCUUUGAGUAAUAGCUAAUGUAAAAGGAUCAAGCAUUUUUCAGUAUUGCCACUUUAUUUCAACAUUGUUUGUCCAUAUUUUCACUUAUUUCAUAAUAUUAUUUUAACAGAGACUCUUACUGUCAUCCAAAAAGAAGUCAAAUAUUUACAAGAGAAAGCUGCAGGAGUGACAUAGUGGACCUGUCUCUAGUUUUAGAUUCAGCUGUAAGAGUGUUAAGCCAUUGCCACUUGCUAACUGGUAAUAACAGGGUUUAUCAGGUCUAGUUAUUGGUGUACAGCUGACUAACAUAAUUAGCAUGCACCCGACAUCUUCAGGUGAAACAUCUAUUCUUAAAAGACUGAACAAUACCUUUGGAAUGUCAAUAUUACACUCGAAUUUUAAGUAUAGGGAAGGUACUUUGACAAUCCAUCCAGUCUCAAAAUCUUAACCUUCCCUGAACUAUUUAUUUUGAGACAUUUCUGCUUUGAAUGUAAUGCUUCAAAAGUAUCAAAUAGGCUGCCUAUUCCAACCUUGCUACAGUAAGUGUAUUGAUCUACAGUAAGUGUAUUGAUAAACAUAGAUGUGGCUUUUUCAAUAUAAGUCAAAAAUUUUGACUUAUCUUUGUCUUUUAUUUUUUAAAAGAUUCUGUUUGUCAUUUAGGAUGUGGAAUUAUUUUCCUUUCCAGUACUAUCAAAGAAUGUUAAAAUUAGAGGCCAAUUUAGUUCUGUCUUCAUAAAAUAUUGUUCUUAUUAAUGUUGAUUUUUCCAUAGCUUUCCCCCCUCAGUCUAUUAAUUUAGAAACAACUUCCUUGUAAGUAAAACUUGUAAAUUUAUGACACAGAAUAAGUUAUUUUUGGAAGCUUUUUAAUGAAUGAAAUUGAAUCUGUAAAAUCAUUGCAAUGAUUAGUAUUUCUGGCAAGAUAUGUUUAUCACCAGCUAUCCAGAAAUAGCUAAUCUAUCCAUUGGAGAGAGAUGGUGUGCUUAUUUCUGAAAUAAUAAAGAUCUGGCUUGAUAGUUGA